AUAGUGCAAUCACACGCACACACAUCACCGAAACUAUACCGCACUAUCCCAUAAACCCCCACACACCGAUACGCUUCUCCCACUCUCACCCGGAGAGGGGGAAUCACGGUGGGGUUUGAUAAUUCUGAAAUUAGAUCACGGUCAAAUUUCGUAGGGAAAUUCGCCUGCCUAAUUUUGUCGUGUUUCGCUUUAGAAAGAGAACUACAAAUAAACCAAAAAACAUUUCGAAUUUCUGAAUCUUUGAAUAUAUCCGGACUUAGUUAUCCUACAUAAAAAGACAGUUCGCUUAGCUUCUUUGGAUUUAUCUUAUGGAACGAACAUUAUUUUUCCUUUAAAAUUGCGAAUCUGUACAUCAUCCCAAUUCACUUUCAAUAUCUGGUCCCGCCGCCUUCGAGUGAAUUAUCAUCCGACGUGUGUCUGGUUAUUGCGGUACUUUGGGGAUGACUUGCAGUGCGAAAGCAUCCCUUUGAGAUUUCUGCACCGGUCUCUGCAUUCUUUUAUCAUCGCAUCACUUUAAUCAGUCGAGUCUCUGAGGUUCUGGACAUCUUUGGACGACAGACGAUAUUUUUUCCCAUUUAUUUAUGUAAUUUCCCCCCCCCAUCUUACUUCAGACCCUUCCCCCAGUCGUCUCUCUCUCCCUCUCUCUCUCAAUCUCUCUCUCUCUCUUUCGCUACCCCUCUCCCCCCUCACUGCUCACUGACUGAGUCAGUUCCAAGCAGCUGCAUAGAAGAUGUCUGCCCCUGAUGCUGCUCCCCCAGCUGGACCUCCCGGAGCUCCAGGAGCCCCAGGAGCAGAUGGAGCCCCAGGCGGAGGGCCUCCAGCCCCCCCUCCCAACACCUCCAGUAACCGCAGGCUACAACAGACACAGGCCCAAGUAGAGGAGGUGGUGGAUAUCAUGCGGGUUAAUGUGGACAAGGUUCUGGACAGGGACCAGAAGCUGUCGGAGCUGGAUAACAGAGCGGAUGCUCUCCAGGCAGGGGCCUCCCAGUUUGAGAGCUGUGCAGCCAAACUCAAGAGCAAAUACUGGUGGAAGAACGCAAAGAUGAUGAUCAUCAUGGGAAUCAUUGGGGUCCUCGUGGUCGGAGUUCUUUUCUUGUACUUCUUCUACUGAGUCAUCCCAGCGUUGCAGGACACCAACAUGAGAGCAAAACAGGAGAGGGAAAAAGAAAAUCGACAACACAUCCAACCUCCACUCCUCCCCCUUGUCCUCCCUCUCUCUCUCCACACCAAGUCUUCCAUCAAACCAUCUAGCACUUAAACGUGACAGUAGUGUGUAGAUGUCUGCUCCCUGUUCCCUUUGUCUUCCAGCCCUCACCGUUUGUGCUCCGUCUUUCCUCUUCUGUUUUGGCGUUCUGUCUCACUCACUCUCUUCUGCCUCUGCAUCUCAUACAUUAUUGAACGUGCAGUAAGGAAAGGAGAAAUUGAGCGGACGGAUGGGCCGGUGAGAAAGCCCUCGUGACAAAGAUGACGGGAGCCUAGUCUAGGAAAAGAAAGCGAGAGGAAGCAGGAAGAAGGUAGAGACGGUGCAGGGAGAUGGACAGAGAGAGUGCAAGGACAGACAGCAACAGUGAAUAUGUUAUUUUGAUCCAAGAUACGACUUAAGUUUGUUCCUGUUACCUUUCUGUCCCAGAUUUGUAAAUGGAUACUGACAUCCAGUACCUACCAACCCAGCCCCCUACCUCCUACCUGCUGUCGUGUUACUACUACUAACACCAGAUCAUGGUUACGAUGAUGAUCAUUUUGUUGUGCGUGCGUGCGUGUCUGUGUGUGUGUGUGUGUACUUGUGAUCCAAAUCAAUGUAGUCAGUAGCUUUUUCCAGGAUUAGAUUAUCCCGGGCAAGGCCUUCACUGGUUUUGCUGUCUUUUCCUUUUCUUUUUCCAGGAUUAGUUUAUCCCGGGCUAGGCCUUCACUGGUAUUCCUGUCUUUUCCUUUUCUUUCACUUUCUCUCACUCGUUGUGGAGUUUUGUGAAAAGAGGGACAGAGUGAGAAAAAGAAAAGGUGUGAAGAAUACUGGAAAAGGCAGAAAUGACUUUUGGGAAAGUAACUUUUAGUAUAUCUUUAUUCUUGUAUCACAAAUCAGGCGGUCGAACAAACAAGAAGAAAAUUAGCUAGAUUGCCAUAGACAGACAGACAGACACAAGCAGACAAUCUCUACCCACAGAGUAUUCUUUCAGUAACUCUUGACACAGUGUGAUAACACUGCAUAGUAAACUGAAAAGGCCAUUGUUUUAACUGGGUCUUGAUCAGGGUCACUGUGUUAUGGUUGUGUUCAGACACUCCUGUACGUUCUAGUAGAGAGUGUACAGGGUUUGGGAUGAAUGGUUCAAUAUAUGCGGCCGUAACCAAAUGUCCCCCAGAAUAGCCCCUCUCUGGCCAACAAACCAACCAAGAAACACAGUUUCCCACACAGGCCCAAUUGACGUGUUUGUGUAUUGCCUGACCUGCACGACAGACAGUGUUCAUAGUUUUGCCUGUUUGCGUGACCUAUAUAUCUGCCAUUUCUGAAACGAACUGCCGAUUGUACAUUUAUUUUAUUUUGUUAGUGGUUUUCAGACCUGUGUAUAGGCUACUGUAUCUCGGACCUGUUAAUAAUAACUCAUGCGUAUGCAAUGCACUGAAGAUCAAGGGAUUGCCAAAUUGCUGUUGUUCACUUGCUUUCAAAAAGAACUAACACUUGAGUAAAGAACAGUGGCUGAUGCUACAGUAAUAUUGGGACGACAGAAGAAAAGGCAUAAUACAGCAGCACACAAGUAGUACCAUACUUAACCUUUACCAGACUAUUGUUCCUGAAAAUGUGUUUUUUAGUUUGUUUAUAUUUUAUUUCAGUGUUGGAUAUUCUAUUUCCUCUCAGUGGUUGAUACAGAGGGACUGUUUGACACAUUGUAAAAAUAUGAAAAAUAGCUAAGUGUAAAUUGCAUUUAUGAAUGAAAAUAGUGAUUAAAUAAAUAAUCUAAUGAUAUUGUGCAAUAAUAUUAUUAGGUAAGGAAAUUAUUCAUCAUGAUACUGGAAGAGAGGCAACUGGAUCAUGAGAAUUCUUUAAACGCAUGCUUAUCACUUUUGCUGAUGCCAAUAAAGAAAAUCAUCAACUUUA